CUACAUCGUCUCUUUCGUUUCGCGGCCGCUCCCCUUUCGCUCACCCUCUCAAAAAUCCCAACCCUAGACUCUCAGCUCCCGCGGCGAUGGGUCGCGUUAUUAGAGCGCAAAGGAAGGGUGCCGGGUCUGUAUUCAAGUCUCACACCCACCACCGCAAGGGUCCCGCUCGUUUUCGCUCGCUCGACUUCGGCGAGCGCAACGGUUACCUGAGGGGUGUUGUCUCCGAGAUCAUCCAUGAUCCGGGUCGUGGUGCUCCGCUUGCUCGUGUUGUGUUCCGCCAUCCCUUCCGUUACAAGCAUCAGAAGGAGCUCUUCGUCGCUGCUGAGGGUAUGUACACUGGCCAAUUCAUCUACUGUGGCAAGAAGGCGAACUUGAUGGUUGGAAAUGUUCUUCCUCUAAGAGGUAUUCCCGAGGGUGCCGUCGUCUGCAAUGUUGAGCAUCAUGUUGGUGACCGUGGCGUUCUCGCUAGGGCUUCUGGUGAUUAUGCUAUUGUUAUCAGCCACAACCCGGAUAAUGGUACUACCAGAGUCAAGCUUCCUUCUGGGGCAAAGAAGAUUGUGCCAAGUGGGUGCAGAGCUAUGAUUGGCCAAGUUGCGGGUGGUGGCAGGACUGAGAAGCCAAUGCUGAAGGCAGGUAAUGCUUAUCACAAAUACCGUGUGAAGAGGAACUGCUGGCCUAAGGUUCGUGGUGUUGCUAUGAACCCUGUGGAGCAUCCCCACGGUGGUGGUAAUCACCAGCAUAUUGGGCAUGCAAGUACUGUUUGCAGACACGCUCCUCCAGGCCAGAAGGUUGGUCUCAUUGCGGCCAGGAGGACAGGUCGUCUUCGUGGACAAGCUGCGGCUGCUGCUUCAAAAUCAGACAAGGCCUAAAUUGUUUUGCUUCUAUGAUUUUAUCUUUCCAUAUUUUUGACCUCUCAACGAAAUGCCAAUGUGGUUCCUAUUGUUCUUGUUUCAAGUUUAGGACUGAUUUUUGCUGUCUUUGGGAUUUAAUGGUCUCUUUUUUAAUAGAUUAUUUUGAAGUUACCAGUUUUGUUCUCUAA